CUUUCGAGUGGAACUUUUUUUUUUCUAUGUUGUCGUUUUUUUCCCCACUCUCUCCCCGUCUCUCUCUCUCUCUCUCCGUCUCUCUUGAGUUCACAUCUUGGUAGAACAUUGCUUUUUAUAUUAAACCUAACUAGUUUUAUUCGUUAAUGGAUUUGUGUGUGUGCAAGUUACGGCCCCUGAAAACUUAGAGGGGCUUAAUAACUGUAUUAACGUUUGUGUUACUCAAAAUCAACAAUUCUAAAGCAACAAAAAAAAGUGUUUCUUUGGAGCCAACUUCUUAUACAAUUAAAAGGAGGAUUUAUUUUCCCAAUUCAUUUGCAAGGAAUGUUGCAGGGCUUCUAUUCUUGGAUACUGAAGGAAUCGUCUAACAGUGCGCUAUGGUUUGAUGAAUUGAAGUUCUCGUUCAUUCAUCAGUAUGCUCAUAGAUAAAAUCAAAGUGAUUGAUAUCCAUUUCUGCUGAGUUCUGAAGAAUAUAACAUCGGGUGUCGCCCUUGAAACCUGAAUGCUGUAAGUCAUGUCAUGAUAUUAAAGACAUUUUUACUUCUACACUACCUCACUUGAAGUACGCCUCUGACCUGACAAUGGAAAGAUUCAGGUACCAUGCGCUUGUUUACUGUCUACUUCUGUUGGGUCCACCUUUGAUGGGAUAUAGUGACGCCUCUGUAAGCCCUGGUUUGGGUGAUCCGCCAGGCGACCUUCGAGAUAAGUCUGGCGCUGUUUCCUCUUCUGAAGCAAACAUUCAAAGCUACGAUAUCAGCCCGCAGUUUUCGGACUUGCCAGUGGAAAUCGAAGAGGGUUCAACUUUAAAUAUUUCACGCAAUGUUGUCUCAAAGGAGAGUGCUUUAAAUAGUACGAAAACCAAAACGAGUUUAACUUUGCAUUCGAUCGGAUCUGCUGGACUUUCUUCAGCCAUCUCCAAAUCAGAACACUAUCUCCCCGAUAAUAAGCCUUCGUCUAAGAAAAUUGACAUUUUCAAACAAACUGCAAAGGAGUUUCUGUCUAAAUCUGACACAGAAGAAGAAGAAGGCGUUCACGAGGCUGACUAUGACGUCAGCCCGGAUCUAAUGUUAGGAUUCGGAGAAGUGUCUGACCACAAAGAUGAUAAACCAUUCAAACCGAAAACGAGGAAGAAGCCCGCAUUCAGCCGCAUCGAGCGCAACAGAAACCUGAUGCUCCAUGAGGCUGUCCGGAACUUGCUGGGGUUCUCUGACCAACACUACCUUCGCCGUCCUAGAGGUCGCAUGUUGCCGGAUGCUACCAAGGAGAAGAGACUUCCGGAGUACGUAAAAGAUCUGUACCGGAGGUUCCAAUCCGGCGAGAUGACGGCUGGGCUAGUUCACGGGAAUACCAUCAGGAGCAUUCACACCAAGCGUGGUGCAGUGGAAGGUGAGCCAAUGUUUCUGUUCAACAUGUCCGCUUUGAAACCUACUGAGAAACUCGUGAACGCUGAGAUCCACUUGUACAGGCGCAGGCUGAAACCUUGGAUCCGACGCCUCGAGUUGGAUAUCCUCUUACAUCAGGUGGCGCCCCACUACAUUAGCCAGGUGGGUAAAAUCACCUUGAGGGACUCCGCCGCAGGCUGGCAGUGGUAUGACGUCACCAGCGCCGUAAGAAGCUGCCUGGCGUCGGGCAAGCAGCCACAGCAUUUAUUUGGUCUCAGCUUUCGGAAGCAGCGCCCCAACGGCAUUUCGAAACCUGUGCUGCUGAGGAAAUUCGGCAAGCAUCAUUCCAUGCCCUUUCUGGUGAUCUACUCCAACGAAACGGAAGCAGUCAAUUUCAGCCAACUUGAUCUUCUGGCUGAGAGACUCAGCGUGGACGAGGAAGACGACGCUACUGGGGAAGACGAUCUUGAUGACUCGCUCUUUGAUCUGUCCAACGACCUCAAUGAGCUCGCUGCUAGCGAAGUGUGGGGCGCACAGCCACCCUUACAACCAGCACACGUACAUCAGCACAAUCCAAACGCCAAGAAAUCAAAUGAAAACUCAAUUCACGAGCACCGCAAGAAAAGAUCUCUUUUAACCAAUGAAAUCCCAGAAGAUCCCGUGGAUGUGGAAAAGCUUAAACUCAAGAAGAAAAUUCCAAAAACUCACCCAGGAAUUCUGCAAUCUAGGCAGGACUACCGCGAGCAGUCCAGCAAGAAUGGGCUAAUUCCCUAUCCAGAAAGCUACUUACAGAAGAAGAGAAAGAAGGCGAAGCUGCGCAAAAAGCCAAAGCAAAAUGUUGACCAGCAUGGCAAGCGUUUCCCCAAGGAGUGGGAUGAAGUGCACGUGCCACACUUUGAAAAAACAAGGACCUGUGAUAAGAAGAAAUUGCUUGUCGACUUCGCUGACAUCGGCUGGGCAGACUGGAUUAUAUCGCCCAAGUCCUUCGAGGCUCAUUACUGUGCUGGAGAGUGCCCGUUUCCUUUGACCAAGAAGCUACGGCCGUCGAAUCACGCCACAAUCCAAAGCAUCGUGCACGCCAUCGGCUUGUAUGACAAGGUGCCGGCGCCAUGUUGUGUCCCCGACGUCAUGUCAUCCAUCACCCUGCUGUAUUUUGAUGAGGACCGUAACGUCGUGCUCAAAAACUACCCGGAAAUGACGGUGGAGUCCUGCGCAUGCCGUUAGGGUUUGAAAAGGAAAAAAAAAAAGAAAAGAAUCACGUGAUGCCUAACCGGGUAUCACAUGACGCACCCUGUGAAAUACUGUCACGUGACUGUGAUAAUGUAAGAGAAUGGAAGGGGAACUGAAAGGAAGAAAAAAAAUCAAGUUUUGGUGUGAUGUUCUUAUCUUUUUAAAAAAGAAUGAAGAAAUGAAAAUGAUUUCGAAAUGAAACUCAGUAAGGCAUUUACAAAUAAAUAACUUUAAAACUCAAGACGUUACUCCUCAUCAUCGUCCUCCAACUAAAUAGGAUCGAGGGUUUUGAGAAAUGCUAUUUGCCCGCUCCAGUAAAAUGCGAAACUUUUGAGAACAAUGCAUUCAAAGACAAUCAAUUCAAAUGCUGCUGAGGCUAAGCUGAGGCAUUAUGGACCUACCUCGCCAUGUAAUUUAAAAUGACUAUACAAAUCCGUUUGUUUUUACCUCCCUUUGUGUCUCUAUGUCAACCCGAUUUCUUGUGUAUUGCCCAGAUUCUACCAGUACCAUGCUCACAAGUUAAGGAUGGUGUUGAUUGAACUUAAAAAGUCUUACUGUAGUUGCAUAAUUUUUUUUAAGGAAAAUUUUUGUAUAUUAUAAUUGUAUUUGGCCCGGAAAUUGGAAUAUUGAGGCUUUGUGCGUAUUGUCAAUAAAAUCUCCGUUGAGAUUACCCCCUUAGGAUUCCGCUGUUGCAGCAAGGGAUCUGGGAAACGAGUUCCCCCAAGCGAUUUCCAGCAUUUUGAGAAAAAAUGAGCUAUUCAGGCCAUAUAAUAGGCCUAUCUCUUAACCUAGGAAUAUGUAAAAUGACGGGGUUCCUUCAGCCCUGAGACCCUAUGAGGUAGCACACUUUGCACAUCCCUAUAACUAGAACUGUUUGUAAUAAAUGUUUGUAUAUUAUAUCCUGUGUACAUUAGAGGGCCUACGUGUAUAUUAUAUAUUUUGUAUAUAGAUUGUACUUAUAAUCUGGAGGACAUUUUUUCCUUUUGAAAUGGUAAAAAUAAUGAUAGCAAUAUAAAGUUUUAAAAAAAUAUUUAAAUAAUUUACGGGUCAAUUUUAUAGUAUUCAACUCUCUUUCACUCCUUCGCUCACUGUCUCUACCACCCUCCACCACCCUUUCUCUUUCUCUCUCUCUCUCUCUCUCUCUCCAUCUCGUAGACUUUCACAAGUAAAUUAUUGAAUUAAAGUAAGAGAAGUGCAAAACUUUUAAAUGCGACCAUUUUAAUUUUGUUUUUUUGAUGGUCAAACUGGACAGUUUCACAAUGCCAUGCAAUAGGCCUACAAGAGAGGGCAUCCCAAAACAUCAAAACAAAUAAAUAAAUGGCACACGUAUGAAAUGUGAAGUUGAAGUCGGGUUUACAAUUAAUGUUUACAAAAGCAUUUUUUUUCUGAAGUAACCUUUAUAUUUUUUAAAUUCCUUUUCUAGGAUAUGCUUCUUGUUCUAGUGGGCAUAGAAAGAGAUAAAUAGCAUAUUUGCUGUCUAAAGUGAAUUCUGGGAUAUAUGGUUUCCCCAGACGUGUGUGCCUAGGAGAAACUGUCGAGCUUCUCGGGAGAUCACGGUCAUACUGACCUGCUUGGUAGAUCACUCUGCCUUCGUGUUCUAUAUCAAGGCUAAAACUAGUCUCAAGAAUGUUUUUUGUGUUGUCCCUCAUUUCUAGAAGUGAUUCUCGUAAUUUGGACUCACAUGUGAUGCAAGAACUUAUAUUAAAUAACUUCAGAUCUCUUCCUAAGUUGGGUCCCUAAAGAUUUGUGUGACAAAAGAUGGACUAGCCAAGGGACAAACAAGUUCGGAUAGAAACUUGAUAUGAGAUUAUAUUGUCUAGACUUUAAAUAGACUUGAAUGAUCGUUUGCGUAACGACACAGUGUGAUUUAAAAGUGUGUUUUAACAGUUUUAAUCAUUAGCUGCCAACUUUACAUUUUAAUACCGAUAUUGCUGUUUAACCAAAAGUGCGAAAAGCUAUGUGGUUGUGUUAGUCCUCACAUCUGUAAAUAUCUGCGAGAAGUUGGUUUAGAGAAUAUAAUAUCUGCUGGUAAAAAAGCGUCAAAAAAUAUGUAUGGUCUUUAUUCUUUGCGCAAAAAAAAAAAAUGCCAUCUAGCAAAAUGCUUAUCUCUCUGUUUACUUGUUAAUGUUGAUUUGUUUACACCUAAACGGAUUUCCAAAGACAGAGGAAUGACAUGUUCUUGUUUUGAUAUUAAUCUAACCCAACUGCAUUGUCAUUUGUAAACCAUUGUCAAAUUUCUAACGUUUGAACUUAGUUUGAUUUGAGUCUGUAACAACUUCAAACAAACGUGCUCAGACAAGGAUGGAAAGUAAAAACAUGAAUAUUUAUGGAUAUCACUAGGCCAAGUUAUGUCUGAUGUUUAUUGGAUCCGAAAACGUCUUAAUAAGUGAGUGGUUUAUAGAAUGUUGAUCUUACUGAAAUCCGCUUUGUUCCAUCGGGCAUCUGGAAAUAAACAAUAGCCCACGAUUUAUAGGCCUAUUACAAAUGAGAAUAUGCCUAACAAUAAGUGAAAUAAACAUAAUAGGCUAUAUUUAUUGUAAUUUCUUCUCUUAAAUAAAAAUAUCUAACAUUCGAAUGAAUUUAGCACAAAGGGAGGGCAAUUAUGUCACAAACAGAACGGUUAUAAAUAUCUUUCUAUGGUCGCUUGAAGUAUAUUGAGACAUUUUGCUAUAACUAACCAUGAGAUAAACAAAAGAAUAUUGACCUGUGAUAGAUUUAAUGGAAGAAAGUUAUUAGGUCUAAAACUUUAACGAUCGUAUAUAGCAACGGAGGAGUUCUUCAUUCGUUGAAGAUUUAUUUCUCUAAUAACCGAUAGAACGAAUAACAAUGUUCAGCAAUAAACGGAUCAACUGUUGAUAUAGCUGUAGGCAGCCAGAGUUUAGUUUUGAAACAUUCAAAUUGAGCAGCCAUUCAAACGUAAAUCAGUUUGACACUUUGUUUACAAGCCUGAUUCUUUCAUCAAAGCCAGUACUUUUCGUGUUGAAAUCAUGACAACAUAGUCCACUCAUGUUUGUGAAUACUAUAUUCCUUAUGAAGUAAUUUUUCUUUCAUGUGCUGUUAGUAGGCUACAUCUUAGCCCCCUUAUUUUGUUUCUAAAAGAAAAACGAGCAAACUGGCAAAUACUAGCUUUAGUACCUCUAAAACAUGCUAUUAUAAAUAAUACUAGAUUCGAGUGUGUAGAUCUACAAGAAAGUGCAUUACCCAACUUAACCCAACAUUGGCAUAAGGUUUCGUCCAUUUCUUACCUGCUGUUAGAAUUUUAACGCUAUGGUACAUUACAAUCACCCAUUUUCUACAUGCAACAUUCGCAUAGAAAAUUACUAGGCGGCCUAAACUUCUCGAACCUAAAAAUAUUUAAUUUCUAAUACAAACAUGGAUCUGUACAAUAAAGGCCUACUUAUAAUUCAUAGUGUAUUUAUAGUGGUAAAUUUUCCAUGCCUGUGAAAUAGCCUAACAUUACCUCCCUUUGUAGUCUACUUUAAAAAAAAAAAUGUUAGUUGUAUCCAUACUGAUUAUUUAAUCUAUAUUUAUGUAUUUCAAUAAAUAUAUUUUAAUGUAAAUUAUUUUUGAAGAUGUAUAAAUAAUUACUGUAUGGUCUAUUCUAAAUUAAAAUUAAGUCAAGAAACAUGUGCUGCAUUAGCAAGUAUUCUUGACUUUUAUACAACCAAUUGACAUAUUUACAUUAACAUCUUGGCAACUUUUGAAGAUGGCUGCUCUUUGCACGUGGACAUGAUCCUUUUAGCUAUUUCAAAAUGAAAACAUCUAUGAUGUAAUUCUACAACCCUUUACAUUUUCUUAACAUUUCUUCUAUUGACACUAUUGAUCUACCUUUCUUGUUGUUUAGUAAUAUGUUUAAUUCAGGCUAAUGUUUAGUCAUCUGUUCACCUGAAGAGGUGCACUGUCUGGUGCACUUCAUUACUGCAUCAUUUGUAUGUCAUUGCAUUACUUCUGUGUAGACUAAUAAAAAAAUGUCCAGUGCAAGAUUUAA